AUGGCAGAAUCUGAUUUUGGCUCCUUGGCGACUGAGGCCAAGCAGGCACUUCAUCGCGCUGCGAAAUAUUCACACCAUCGCCAACAUGACGAUGGUCAUUGGUGUGGAGAAUUAAAGUCAAAUGCGACAAUCACCGCGGAAUAUGUCAUGCUCCGUCAAGCCUUGGGCUUGGACAUGGAAUCAGAUCGCAAUGAACUGAUUUCUUGGUUCCUGUCAGAACAGAAUGGAGACGGAUCAUGGUCACUUGCGCCGGGUCUCUCAGGUGACAUUUCGACCUCGGUGGAGGCGUACUUCGCAUUGAAAAUCAUGGGUGUUCAACCAGACACAGCAUCCAUGCGCAAAGCGCGAUCCUUCAUUACCUCUAUCGGCGGUAUUGCCAAAGUACGCAUUUUCACGCGUAUUUAUCUGGCAACUUUCGGUCUAUUUCCAUGGAGUGCAGUACCAGAACUUCCAGCGGAAUUGAUCAUGAUGCCGAACGCUGCUUUCAUCAGUAUCUAUCGACUGGCGUCCUGGGCACGCAGCACUAUUGUGCCCCUUCUCAUCAUUUCACACCAUCGUCCGAUAUAUUCAUUGCCAAACGGAAGAUCGGCAGCCAACGAUUUUUUGGACGAACUAUGGGAUAAUCCAGCAACGAAAAAUGUACCCUAUUCUCUACCUUUGUGGGAACUUUCCAAAAAGAUUGAUGUGAUCGCGUCUACCUUCGUUGUGAUUGAUAAGAUUCUUCAUGCCUUGGGUGGUUUACGCAAUUCUCCCACACGCUCCCGCGCCCGUGAACAAUGUGUCAGCUGGAUUUUACAACACCAAGAACCUGAAGGUGACUGGGCUGGUAUUUUCCCACCUAUGCAUACUGGGAUUUUAGCGUUAUGCCUCGAAGGAUACGCACUUGAUGAUCCUUCGGUUAAAAAAGGACUUCAAGCUAUUGAAAGGUUUUCAUGGUCCGACAAACGUGGCAAAAGAAUACAAGCCUGUGUCUCCCCUGUCUGGGAUACGAUCCUGAGUACUAUUGGACUUUGUGAUGCCAAUUUACCUUCUAGUGACACAGUGAACGCUAUGAAAUGGGUCAAACAGCGUCAGUUGUGUGGUCCGGAAGGCGAUUGGCGAAUUUACCAACCCAAGAUUACCGCAGGCGGGUUCAGUUUUGAGUAUUUCAAUCGAUGGUAUCCGGAUGUGGACGAUACUGCAGCUGCGAUCUUGGGCAUGGUCAAGGAAGACGCAAAACUGACCAAUUCUCACGAUUCUAUUGUCCGGGCAGUGCAAUGGAUCCUCGGUAUGCAGAAUAAUGAUGGUGGUUGGGGUGCUUUCGAUAUUCACAAUGAUCGGUUAUUCUUAAACAAAAUUCCUUUCAGCGAUAUGGAAGCUCUGUGUGAUCCAUCUACUGCAGAUGUUACAGGCCGGAUUCUUGAGGCAUUUGGUCUUCUUUUCCAAAGCCCAAAUCAGUUCCCUGUCGAUUUGAUCUACGACAUGAAACUCGCCUGCGACCGUGCAAUUCGAUACCUGCUCACCACGCAAGAGCUGAACGGCUCUUGGUAUGGUCGGUGGGGGACAAACUAUAUCUACGGCACCAGCAAUGUGAUCUGCGGACUGGCCUUCUUUUCGGAUUGGGAAAAUGACAAGCAAAGCGUUAUGGAUUCUACCGAACGUGCCACUACCUGGCUGACAAACGUCCAAAACCCAGAUGGUGGAUGGGGAGAGACUUUAUUAUCUUACAGAAAGCCCGAGCUAGGGGGCCAUGGAUCCUCUACUGCUUCGCAAACCGUGUGGGCGCUAAUGGCAAUCCUAACGCGCAGUCGGUCCCACAAAGAGUCUAUUAAGAGAGGAGUGGCGUAUCUGCUGCGCACGCAGACACUAUCUGACCGUUCCGACGAAGCUUCGUGGCCAGAAACCCAGUACACAGGCACUGGAUUCCCAAAUCAUUUCUAUCUUGGGUACAGUCUUUACUCUCACUACUUUCCCAUGAUGGCUUUGGGAAGAUAUGUACGGUUAUCUUCAGCCGAUCAGUGA